GAGAGCAGCUCGACCCCGGCGCUGGCGGGCCAGACGCUCAAGGCGCCACGCGGACCGCAGCCGCUCCACCGAGGCCCGAAGCAGUCACCAUCCGCCCGAGCGCCGAGGACGCCGCCGCGCUCGAGCAGCACGCCCACGCUGCUGGCGCAGAGCCACACGAUCGAGAGCGUCGCCGCGACCUACAGGCUGCCGCCUAUGGUCGCCUCGAGCGGCCGCGGGCCCAGCGCCAGGCCGCUCCGGAAGCGGCCCCCCAGCUCUGGCAUUGAGGCGCUUCAUCGACUUCAUGCCGGCGAGCUGCCGCAGAUUUUGUGCAAGCCCACGUGA